CUCCAACCCCCCAACCAACCGACCUCUCGAUCGAUCGUAGCAGCUUCUCCUUUUUCGAUGGCGGUGGAUCUGACCCCGAGGCAGCCGGCCAAGGCCUACGGCGGCGCCUACUACGAGUGGAGCCCCGCCGAGCUGCCCAUGCUCGGCGUCGCCUCCAUCGGCGCCGCCAAGCUCUCGCUCGCCGCCGGCGGCAUGUCGCUUCCCAGCUACUCCGACUCCGCCAAGGUCGCCUACGUCCUUCAGGAUAUGCAUACCACCGAUCCAUCGAUCCCCUCUCGCAGACUCCCACCCCCCCUCCCAGCGCGAUCGCUGUCUGGUCUGUGCGGGACCCGAAUUCUGCUUCGGUCGUAGACGGUCGCGGGUUGAUCGAAUCUGUUUGUUUCAGUAUCUAGUUCAGAUCGAAAGCAGCAGCCGAUUGGAAUUGGGCAGAGUCUCAGGUCUUCUAAAUUAUACGUCUGUCUACUACACGGUGUGGUCAGUUCUGAAAUCGUGCUAGUUGUUCAGUCUCGUCAGUUCAGUUUAACAAAAACGAACAGUAUUGCGAUGCUUUACUGAAUUGUUGAUGGUCGCAUAUGAAUCUAGCUUGUUGGUUUCAGACUGAAUUUUUUGUGGUAGCGGGUUAAUCUGUAACUUAGAUCGAUUGCUUCUGUAAAUUGGUUUCAGAU